AUGGCCCCGCAGCGGCGGCACGGCCCGGCCAGCUCCGCGACUCCCAGCGGCCGCCGCCCGCCCCGAGCACGCCCCGCCCCGCCGGGCGCACGCGCCGUCACGCGGGCCUCACCCGCCGCGCGCGGCCAAUGGCGAGUCCCGCCCCGCCCCGCCCCUGGAUCCCCGCCCCGCGUGCGCCGCCACAGGCGUGAACCGCCAAAGCCGAGGCCCGCCCCCGCCCGGCGGCCGCCCGGGUGUCCCGGAGACCCCGCCCUCCGGCGCGCGGGGCCAAUAGCGCGCACGCACCUAGCCGAGGGGGCGGGGCAGGACCACGUGGGGCUCCACCCGCUCUCCCCGCCUCCCCUCGCCCGCCCCGCCCGCCCCGCCCCCGGGAACCCGCGGGGCGCCCGCUCCCGCGCCCGCUCCCGCGCCCGCUCCCGCGCCCGCUCCCGCGCCCGCUCCCGCGCCCACCGGGCAGCCAUUCGAGGACACGCGGGCGACAGUGCAGAGAUGUUUAAUAACAAUAAAAAGGCGCGCCGAGCCCAGGCUCAGAACCAGCCCUCUUCCGCAAAUCCCGUUCAGAAAAAGGUCGCUAUAAAGUUACCACGUUUUAGUAAGAAGCAGUAG